CCUGGAGCCGGGUGGGGAAGUCCAGCGCCCUCCCCCUCCGCCCGCAGCCCAGCCUAGGGGGCCAGCGCCCUCCGCCCACCGCGCACGGGCUGGCCAUGCGGCGGCUCUGAACCAUGUCCUCCUCCUCCUACACCAAGAACGGGACCGCGGACGGGCCGCACUCCCCCACCUCGCAGGUGGCCCGAGGCACCACAACCCGGAGGAGCAGGUUGAAAAGAUCCGAUGGCAGCACCACUUCGACCAGCUUCAUCCUCAGACAGGGUUCAGCGGAUUCCUACACAAGCAGGCCGUCUGACUCCGAUGUCUCUUUGGAAGAGGACCGGGAAGCAAUUCGACAGGAGAGAGAACAGCAAGCAGCUAUCCAGCUUGAGAGAGCAAAGUCCAAACCUGUAGCAUUUGCCGUGAAGACAAAUGUGAGCUACUGCGGCGCCUUGGACGAGGAUGUGCCUGUUCCAAGCACAGCUAUCUCCUUUGAUGCUAAAGACUUUCUACACAUUAAAGAGAAAUAUAACAAUGAUUGGUGGAUAGGAAGGCUGGUGAAAGAGGGCUGUGAAAUUGGCUUCAUCCCAAGUCCACUCAGAUUGGAGAACAUACGGAUUCAGCAAGAACAAAAAAGAGGACGUUUUCACGGAGGGAAAUCAAGUGGAAAUUCUUCUUCAAGUCUUGGAGAAAUGGUAUCUGGGACAUUUCGAGCAACUCCCACAUCAACAGCAAAACAGAAGCAAAAAGUGACGGAGCACAUUCCUCCUUAUGAUGUUGUGCCGUCAAUGCGUCCGGUGGUGUUAGUGGGGCCAUCGCUGAAAGGUUAUGAGGUAACAGACAUGAUGCAGAAAGCCCUCUUUGAUUUCCUGAAGCACAGGUUUGAUGGGAGGAUAUCAAUAACGAGAGUGACAGCUGACAUUUCUCUUGCUAAGAGGUCUGUCCUAAAUAAUCCCAGCAAGAGAGCAAUAAUUGAACGUUCGAACACCCGGUCCAGCUUAGCGGAAGUACAAAGUGAAAUUGAAAGAAUCUUUGAGUUGGCAAGAUCUUUGCAACUGGUCGUUCUUGAUGCAGACACCAUCAAUCACCCAGCACAACUUAUAAAGACUUCCUUAGCACCAAUUAUUGUUCAUGUAAAAGUCUCAUCUCCAAAGGUUUUACAGCGGUUGAUUAAAUCUAGAGGAAAGUCACAAAGUAAACACUUGAAUGUUCAACUGGUGGCAGCUGAUAAACUUGCACAAUGCCCCCCAAGUCAGCGAAUGAGGCACAGCAACCACUCCACAGAGAACUCUCCAAUUGAAAGACGAAGUCUAAUGACCUCUGAUGAAAAUUAUCACAAUGAAAGGGCUCGGAAGAGUAGGAACCGCUUGUCUUCCAGUUCUCAGCAUAGCCGAGAUCAUUACCCUCUUGUGGAAGAAGAUUACCCUGACUCAUACCAGGACACUUACAAACCCCAUAGGAACCGAGGAUCACCUGGGGGAUAUAGCCAUGACUCCCGACAUAGGCUUUGAGUCUGAUGAAACAAAAAAUAUUCAUCUGUUGACAAUUUGCCAUAGCAGUGCUAGGAUAAACCAAUCAUCUUAACUUGGCUAACAUAGCACAGUAUUUACUGUGCUAAUGGGCUGCUGUCAUUUUAUGCUAAGUAAGGGGCAAAAAAAAUUACAUUAUGCCCUUGAGUCUAGAUGGAUAUUAGAUGCCCGAUCAUAUAGAUAUUUUUAAGUGCAACAUUUACAUGAUAACAGUACAUUUUGUUUUCUUCAUAGAUUUAGACACAUCAAUUUGUAAUUUAGGGUACUUACAAGGCACAUAUAAAAUAAUUUCCCAUGCUGGAAAUUCCAAAUGACCAGUUCCAGUUGGAACCAAUUUAUAAACCAAUUCCUGUUGGAAUUUGGGUGAAUUGACUAGAAAGUCUACUUGAGCAUGUUGUAAUCAAUUGAAAAAUCUGGGAAAAAAAAAACUAAUAAGAAAAUAGAAAUACCGAUAGAAGCCAAAUCCAGCUUUGGUAUUUAUUUGCUGGAAGCUAAAUUUACACUUGAAGUUGGAGUGUAUAAACAUUUUAAUAUAUGUUAAUGUUGCCAGAAUGACUUUUCAAACUUACCAAAUGUAUUGAUAGUGCCAAAAAAAACUCAGAAAUCUUAAUGCAGAAAUUACAUAGUCUCCUCAGAUUUUAAUAUUUUUAUUUCUUUCCUGGCACAGCUGUUGUAUUCAAAGUGUUUUGCUUUUUGUUUAGUCAGUACUGUUAGCUCAUUUGAGGUUGGCAAAAACAAAUACAAACAAGCAAAAAUCCUCAAAAUGUUUUCAGCAGUGAGAGAGAAUAGUAAAGAGAAGCCCAAGCAUAGCUGGUUAUGUGAAAUAUAAAAUGGGGUGUUGUUCUCCCUUUAAUCAAUCUGAGCACAACUACAUACAUCCAGGAAUCUAAAGUCAGAUAGUAAGGAUGUGGUACCAAUCCUCCCGAGUGUAAUGCUAAGCACUUCCAGACGGGAAUUCAUCUAUUUCACUUAAUACAAACGCAGGGUCAGUAUUUCCCGCCAACAAGAUUGAGUAUCUUUCCAUUGCUUCUUUCAUUCUCUGUCUUUGGAUAUCUGAAUGUUCUGGCCCUUCAACAAAUUCUUUAAAUCAUGCUAAGGAUUUUUGUUUUAUGUGGACACACUCAACUUUGAUAUUCAGGAGGUGUUUUUACAAAAUGACUAAUUGAAAAAAGUUGAAACAAGUGAUUUUGAAAGCUUGCACCAAAAAAUAAACUCAUAGAUUCAGAAAAUAUUUGUUGACUAAAAUUGUAGCAUUUUAAUGCAGAAAAUUAUAAGGAAUUUGGAGAUUGAGCUGCCUUAUUUCUAAUCAACACUCCUCUUCAUCUUAUUAAGUCUUCACCAUUUUUCCAGUGGCGAUAAUUAUGGAAUUGGUGACCUAUGUUUUAUAUUAUCAAGGAAGCCUUAGAUUCACUAUGAUCCAAGAAAUUAUUGAAAUUGACCCUUUUUACAUAAAUAUCUUUUUAAAAAUUGCUCUUGUUUCUAAAUGUCCACAGUGCAUGCAUUUUCUAAAACUCCAAUAAGUCCAGCCAUCGAAGUCCUUUUCUGCUAGCACAUGUCAUGAAGCCUAUUUUUGAAAAUGAUGAUAAUUAAUUUUAUAGUAUCUUCUUUUCUCCCCAAGCCUUUCAAUAUUUAGGCACUGAAAGCAUGUACCAGUUCAGUAAUCUUGACCAUGGAAAGAAGUUCCAUAUUACUGAUGAAUUAUAUAUAUAUCUUGAACCCCAUUACAACCUCACCACAUCCCCCCUGCCUUUAUGUUCACUAUAUGUACCCCAUUAUGAACCUGUUUAGCUGAUAAUGAGGAUACCUAUAAUUCUGUAAGUCAUUUCAAAUAUUUGAUACAAUUAAAAAAUAUGGGCUUAGUAAAUUUUAAAAGUUAACAUGUGAUACUGGCUUGUGAGAUUCUUCUGUCAUCUAGUGAAGCUUAUAAAACUUUCAGUUAAGACAUUUUAAAAGAGUUAUAUCCAUUAGGCACUUUAAUAAACAUAUAACCUGCCAUUACUGAAUACUUUGUUAGAACACAGAAGAGCAUCUUCCAGCAAACAAAAAUAUAUUUAUUACAUGUACAGCACAUACUUGCAUGAGAAAGAAAACAUUAGGCAAAACAUUUUUCUAUAUGCUUUACUGGUUUCUUGUUUGUGCGCAUUAAAGUAUUUAAUUGCAAAGAGUGCACCAAGGUGUAUAAAUUUAGACUAGACAGCUGUUCAGCUUUUUCUGUAGUAGCAUUAGCAAUUUGGUCAUUUAACUAUUUUAAGAUAUUUACAUUUUAUGGCAGGUAGCUGUAACAGCAUUUACAUAUAUUUCCUAGUCAUCAAGAUUACCAUCUUCUUUCAACUUUUUAAAAGUCACUUGUUUUUAAAGGCCUCUUAAAGCCUUGUUUUUAGUCUUCCAUGUCAUGCCAAUAAAGAGAGGCUCAUUCGAUACCUGUGCACAAAACCAAUCUAUCAUUUACUGUCAGAUGUCCAUACCUGUUUUGCUUUGCAUUCUUAUUGAAAAGCUGACAAUCUUGGAAAGGGUAUAAUGUAUAUUUUAUUGAUGGAUAUAUUUAAAUGUUUACUUUAAUUUGUCAUAUUCUUUCCCCUUCCUUCUGUAAUAAGUUUAUCUUCCUCAAAUAAGGGGAUGUACAUCUUAUUUUUUUUAAAGACUUAAGAGUUUAUUGUGUAAAUGAUACUUAAAAUCUAGAUAUAUACUAAAUGAAAAGUUUUAUUUUUGCCAAGCACACCAAGCACCUUUGAAAAAUACAUAUUCCAUAAAUACUUUGUUUUUAAUUAAUUUCAUUUAAAGAUAGCAAAUGAUUAUAGGCAGGAGAAACAAGUCUUUUACUGUUUGGAGGCUGUUUUAACUUACAGUAUAAGCCACAUACUAGAAUUCUGUAAUUUCAGUCACAGACAUAUAAUAAUAUGGACUCAUGUGACAAUGUGGAAAUGUAGUUCUGGAAAAAAAGGAAUGCAAUUUGUCGAUCCUGAUGUUAAUUCUGAAGGGCAUAAUGUGACUCUAAUAAUAUAACCAACAAUAUUAUCUUGUUUAACAUUUAAAGCAACACUUAGAAAUGUUUAUAAGUGAUGGUUCUCUCUUAUCUUUAUACAGUUCUAUUCGAGAGAAGGUUGAAAUUGUUCACAAUUUAGACUGAUGGUCUUUCCUACUAAGAGUCUUAAUUUUUUGACUAUAUAAGUCAUUGCAGUUAGUCUUUAAUGAAAUUAAUUUUAUUAAUGUGAAACAAAUUCUGAGACAAUUAUUUGUUCCCUUUAAAUGAUCUGCUAUUUAAUUGUUGUUGUUGUUGCAAAAUGUAUUUUUGGAAUGUUAACCUCUUUUCAUACCUGCAUACUUGAACUUGUCUUUUGUGUGGGGGCCUUAAAAUUCAUAAUAGGAAGUGGAGGCAGUGAAAGGAAGUAAGAAAAGGAAAUUAUUCUAAAAGAUGGUUUGCAAAUUUAAAUUCUUUAAAUGAACAUAUCACAAAAUGUUGUUAAGACCCAGGAUGUCCAUUAAGAAUGUUUCUUGGCAACCUUAAUUUGCAUGUUAGUAUAUAUUUUCUUAGUUAUGCAGUUUUAUUUUGGUAUUUGCUUUAAAAAUGUAAUACCAUUAUAGAAAUUACCCUAUGUACUGAUAUAUUUACUACCUCUUCUCUAGAGAAGACAAUCUGUCUUUAAAGGGAAAAACACUGGUCAAUAAGUAGUGAUCAAAAUUAUCACUAUUCUGGCUAACCUUGCUGCAAAACUAAAUGCAUAGAGUGUUAAAAUAUGCCUUCCCUUUAGAUUUUAAACUGUUUCCAAAAUGCUCUUUGACACCCCUUCAUUUCUUCCACGUUAGUGAAGUUUUCUUUGAAUUGGUCCACAGUUUAUCAUGAGGCAAGGUUAAUUUAACAAGUAAGUCAUCAUAGGGAACAAAACAAACUGCAAGGGAAUUGCCUUUGUGUGCAACUUGUUAUAAUAUCCAGUUCUAAGUCUAAAAGAGUAGAAGUCCAGAGACUUCAUGUUUAAGAGCAGCUGGUUUGCAAAUUCACAUUUUGUUGGUCCUUGACUUCUACAGAGACCCAGAGCAUGACUUAGCUAUUUACUGGGUAAGGAUAUGCAUUAUCUUGGACUCCCAUGUAAUUGGAAUAAACUUCAUAUCAAUGUUUCAAACAAAUGCUGUGUACCCCUUAUUCCUUUUAUAUUUCUGCCUUUGUCUUUUAUGACAAUGUUGCAUGUUGUGUUUUUUUUUAAAUUAUAUAAAACUCAUCCUUGAAUGACUAUAUGAAUGAAAACUUUAUAGGAAAUUAUGUAAUAAAAUCUGUUUUAUUAGUUUCUUAUACUUUAAAUACUGUCAAUAUUUAAAAUAACUGUUACUAAGUUACUUUCUCAAGCUGUGUCUAUGGGGCAGAACAGUCCUCUUCUUUAAAAUCAUAAUCAAACCAGUCAAGUCAAUCCAGUUAGCUGUUAGACAGACAAUAAGGAUAACCUUCUUUUUGACUCAAGCAGUCAAGUUAGUCAAAACAGUAAAAUUGGCUUAUAUGGGCCAGAACUACAGCAUUCAAAAAUUACUUUUAAAGAUUUCUUCUUUUAUUAAAAUGGACUUUCUUAAAUAAAAUACAUCCUCUGAUAGCAACUAUCUCUUUUUACUUAUAGAUGAUUAAUUCUAAAUGCUUCAUGUAAUUGAGGGACAUUAUGAGAAGACUAGAAAGUAUCUCAUCAGAUAAUCCUAAGGGCUGUAACUUCUACUUGCCAUAAACAAAGUAUAAUUAAGAGUGAGUAGCAAUUGGUUUGGGGAGUCAUAGUUAUGUAUGAAACUUUCUUUUGUUUCUCAUGAUGUAUGUAAAAUGUUUGCAGAAGGAUGGUAGAAAUUGUUACUAAUGAAUUUAGAGUGGUUUGGGAGAAUACACUGAUACUUCCUCAUUUGAAAAUUAUAAGGAGUUAAAAGGGGAACUAAGAACCAGUAGUGGCUGGCCUCUAGCUUUUCAAUACUUUGUAAGUGUUCUUGGUUAUGUUUCGAACACUUAAAUUUCUCAACAAAUGGCUAUGUCUAUAUUUAUGUAGGGGCCACUCUUGUCCUACUUGCAUGCCACUUUCACACACUUUUAACUGAAAUCGGUGUGAAUUCUGUAUGCACAAGGGGUGUAUUAAAGAUGUGGGAUCAUUAACGCUAUGUUGUUGCAUACUAUUUUUCAUAUGCCUUACAAUAUUUUCUGGGACGUUAUUAAAAUGAAAGCAUUUUAUUGCCAAAAUAAAUCUAUGUUGUUAUUUAUAAUCUGCAUUAGCAGUAGACAAAUAAUGUAGCAAAAACAUAUUGUACAGUACAAAAUUAUAAAAUAUAUAUUUUGCCAAUAUAAAAAAUAGAUUGAGGAGAAAGAAGCACAUUUGUUAUAGCACAAACUUAUAACAAAAUCCACUGUUAAAUUUGGCAGUCAUAUUUUUUAAAAGUAUGUUGAUUUAGUUCUAUCAGAUUUACUUCAUCUACCAUCUUUUUAACUUGCUGCUUGAUACUGUUCCAGCAAUUUAUUUCAUAGCCUUGCAAUCUGUGGAUGUAAUUUCUUUUGUUUUAUUCCCUUCCAUAAAGUUUAUUAAAUUUUAUUUUGUGAUAACACUCA